AGGAGGAGCCCUAUCAACUUUGUCUAUCUCCCAUUUGUUUUCACGACCCCUCGCGGUGUCGCAAUUGCAAUGUCGAUGUUGCUCACGCGAUCGCGCACCUGUACGAGGCCAUCUUCGUAAGGGCAAAGCUAUUACCGUCGAGAUGUUGCGAGCGCUCCCCGCAGCUGCUGCCCACAGCCGGGUGCAAGAGCCUCUCUUCGCUGGGUUCGAUUUCGAAGAGCGUGCGUUUCGCGAAUUCAAGCAGACCGUCUCGUGCUGCAAUUGUAGAACCAAUUUCGGGAGAUGUGGGAGCUCUCUGAGUGUGGUAUGGGUGGGAAUGGCCGAGAGAGAUGUAGAAGCAACGAGGUUUUCGUCGAGAGGUUUAGGGUUUUGGGUGAGACGGGGUUUAUGGAGACGAAGGUGUUUUGCAGAGUCGGACUCCUUCGGGGAGCUGGAGGAUGUGAGCCCGGUGAGCCUGGAGGGUGUGAGUCUGGCGGAGUUGCUGGCUCAAGUUGGCGCAAGUGAGGGUAGAGACGAGAGUGGGUUGGUUCAGAUCGAGUCCAAUCCGCACCCUUCUUUGCUCCGCCGGUACAGGGAAUUGGAUAAGCCUUUCGAGAGGGGGCGAAGCUUGCCAAUUCCCAUGCCUCACAAAUUGAAUCGACCCAUUCCUAUGCCUCCCUCGCGCCGCAGCUUUCUUCCGCACGGUCCUGUUCCCUCGACCGCGGUGCGGAGAGAUGUGGGGCCUUCUUUGUCAACUAAAUCGGAUACGCUGUCGUACCCUAGGUUGCUUUCGAAAAUUCUGGUAGUGUCGGACGACGAGGUGCGGAUGGUUUUGGAGUUGUGGAAAGGUAGGAGCAGAUGCAAGCGUGGCGCAAUUGCGAAUUUGAUUCUUCAGCUUGGGCGAUGGGAUUCUGCUGGUAAAGCCUUGCAGUUGUUUGCGUGGGUGAGGGAGCAAGGUCGUCUGUGGCCCGACGAUAGUAUUCUGUUGGCUAUUAUACGGGUUGCUCUGGAAUCUCGGAAGCUGACACUCGCAAAUAAAUUCAUGACCAUCUAUGGACCUCUCUCCCCUGAGUCUGCUCUUGUGGCCGCCAGUGUUUAUGUGGAACAGGGUUUCAUUUACGAUGCUUGGAGGAUACUGAAAUCUUUGGAGCAGAGAGGGGUUACUGCAAAUUCCGAAUUGUAUGCGAAGAUGAUUGUGAAAGCUGGAGAGGCAGGUGCUAGAGACAUUGUCGAAGAUAUAGUGGCCGGCCUGUGCUUCAGCUUGGAAGACUGCACUCGGGUGAUGACCGUUUGCAGCAGAUUAGGCUUAGAUGAAGAGGUAGAAGCUCUGUAUCUGCGUUUCUUGGAGCAGGGGUUGAAGCCAAACAUUGUCAUGUUUACGGCGCUGAUGCAGGCUAGAGCUCGAGCAGGUAAUGUGCGUCAGGCGCUGGCUUUGUUCUGGGAAAUGGAGGAACAAGGAGUGAAGCCAGAUCUCGUUGCUUGUCGCGUGAUGAUCCGUCUGUGUGAGAAGGUUGGAGAUCUCAACAAAGCCGUGAAAGUGUAUAAUAAUAUGAGAAUGGCGGGCUUCGUGCCGACCUCGGAUGUGUACAAUGUAAUGAUUAGGCUAUACUGCAAAGAAGGGCGUCUGGCCAAAGUAAAGGAGGUGAUGCGGGAAAUGGAGAUGUGGGGUUGCUCUCCAACCUCGGAUACCAGCAAAAAUCUUCUCUUUGCAGAUCAAUCAGUCAGGUUUAUCAUUCAGCGAAGGUACUCAUCUACCUCCGUAGGAACGCUGGGGAAUUUGCUUCAGUGCGAAUCUGCCACACUUCUGCACUUUUUCUUCUGCAAAAAUGGGUCUGGACUCCGUAAUGCUAUCUCUCAUCCUUUCUUGAUCAUUCUACAUCGCUCUACAACCGAUAGGUAUGAGAUUUUCAAACCAAGAAUGUGACGUCCAUGGAGUGAGAUUGUUGACUUCGUGAUAUGACGCCAGGCCUUGUGAGCGUAUUUCAUGCAAUCACCAGUCAAACAGUGGCAAUUACAUGACGUGAACAAUACACUGCUGAACUCCAAGGAUAUUGUUUGCCGUGGUAGAAUUAGCACUGGCGACGACCCCCAGAAGUUUUUUGUUUGUAUCAAUGGCCAGUCCCAGUGAGUUUCGGUGUCAAAGUUUGGGAUUGAGAUUUUUGCAUUCAAAUGACCACACUGAAAGUGUCACAUGGAAAAUUAUGAGGAACGACGUGGCUGUGUAUCAUAGUACAACAUAGUGUGGAUGUUUGAAGUUGGAAGAAAAUGAAGUCUUCAAGUUAACUCUA